AGUGACCAGAGAUUUAUUUGCAGGAAAAUUGAACUUCCUUAUUCCUUUUUUCAUCUCGCGAUGUAUCAUUGAUUCAUUCAACUCAAUUCUUUCCUUCCAACUUCCAAGCCAUCAGAAUGAAGCCAAUCCGGCUUCCGGAGCCGCCCAGUCCCACGGCGGCGCGUGGCACUCCGGACAUCUUCGAAUCCGGCGUCCAUACUAUUGUCCGCCGCGCCGUCGUCAUCAGCAACGGCUUCCCCUCCUCCGAGAAUAACAGCAUCGGUUUGCUCCGCGCUCUCGGAUUCUCCCGAAACCAUCUCCUAUACCGCGUUACGAGGCCGAAAGGUGGAAUCGACGAUUGGCUCCAAUGGCUUCCCCUCUCUCUCCAUCAAAAAUUCCAUUAUCUAUUUUCCUUGUUCCGUGCCUUCUCCUCCAAAUCUCAGUACCUUCCUAUCACUUCGCACCCUAACGGGUUGUCUUCUAUUCUCGAAGCUGAUGCGAAACAUAUAGUCAAUUUGGUUCGCGAAACUUACGAAAAGGAGGGGCCGUUAUUGGUGGUUGCAUCUGGACGAGACACGAUUUCUGUUGCGAGUUCCAUAAAACGUUUAGCUCCUGACCUUGUUUUUGUUGUUCAGAUACAACACCCAAGGUCUCAUUUGAAUAGGUUUGACAUGGUGAUUACACCUCAUCAUGAUUAUUAUCCUCUGACUCCAGAAGGACAGAACCAGGUUCCUAGGUUUCUUAGAAGCUGGAUAACUCCAUGCGAGCCCCCUGAUAGUCAUGUGGUUCUGACAUUGGGAGCCUUACAUCGAAUAGAUUUUGCUUCACUUCGCAGUGCUGCCAUUACAUGGCAAGAUGUGUUUGCUCAUGUUCCAAAGCCAUUGCUCGUGGUCAACAUUGGAGGACCGACAAAAAAUUGUCCAUAUGGUGUCGAUCUUGCAAAGCAGUUAGCAACGUCUUUACUCAGUGUUCUUGGUAGUUGUGGGAGUGUAAGAAUAUCCUUUUCAGAGAGAACUCCACAAAAGGUAUCCAAUAUUAUAGUGAAAGAACUUGGAAAUAAUCCAAAAGUUUAUGUUUGGGAUGGACAAGAACCAAACCCGCAUAUGGGGCAUCUGGCUUGGGCGGAUGCAUUUGUUGUCACUGCAGAUUCAAUUAGCAUGAUAAGUGAAGCUUGCAGUACUGGGAAGCCUGUGUAUAUCAUGGGAGCUGAGCGUUGCAAAUGGAAAUUCACAGAAUUCCAUAAAUCAUUGAGAGAACGAGGAGUUGUUAGGCCUUUUACAGGGUCCGAGGAUAUAUCAGAAAAUUGGAGUUAUCCACCUCUUGAAGACACUGCAGAUGCAGCUAAACGGGUUCAUGAAGCACUUGCUGCCCGAGGAUGGAAACUGAAGAUAUAGAACACAAUUCUUAGUUCACAAAGUACUCGAUUUUUUAUUUUAUUUUUGUAAAGGCGGUACCAUUUGUUGUUUGGAAGAUAAUUUCCAAAAUAUAUGGUUCUCUGAUAGCACAAAUAGAAAAUACCAAUUUUGGUGUUCGUCAUUCUUUCCACCACAGCAAUUUUUAAGGGUGUAAUGUAAUAUUGAGGUCGUACGAUAGCAGCUUGUAAACUGGGAGAAAACUUUGACAUUUUUAUGGCGAUAUGCGGUGAAUAAAAAUUUUUUUUGUGCUGUUAA